AUGCACCGGCGUGCCGCCCUCUUUCUGGCCGACCGGCUGAAACCCUGGGAACUUGGGACCCUUUCUGCGAGGCAGUCCAGCUCCCCUGUCCACAUUAAAGAAGAAGAGACUGGACUGGAGCCUGUCCACAUUAAAGAAGAAGAGACUGAACUGGAGCCUCACAUUGAAGAGGAGUCUAUUGACUUUUUGUUUAAGAAUACAGAAAAUAUAUCCCGGCCAAAGAGAUCACAUCAGUGUUCUGAAUGUGGGAAGAGAUUCAGCCGGUUAGGAAGCCUGAAAACACACCAGCGAAUUCAUACUGGAGAGAAGCCAUAUCACUGUACUGAAUGUGGAAAGAGCUUCCGUGAGUUAGGAGUCCUAAAAAAGCACCAGCGAAUUCACACUGGAGAGAAGCCACACCACUGUACUAAAUGUGGGAAAAGCUUCAAUACAUCAGGAAGUCUAAAAAGACACCAGCGACUUCACACUGAAGAGAAGCCAUAUCAAUGUUUUGAAUGUGGGGAGAGCUUCAAUGAGUCAGGGAAGCUAAGUAUACACCAACACAUUCACACUGGAGAGAAGCCAUAUCACUGUGAAUGUGGGAAAAGCUUCACUGACAAAGGAAAACUAAAAAGACAUCAACGAAUUCACACUGGAGAGAAGCCGUAUCACUGUGUUCAAUGUGGGAAAAGCUUCACUGACAAAGAAAAACUAGUAAAACACCAGCGAAUUCACACUGGAGAGAAGCCAUAUCGCUGUAUUGAUUGUGGGGAGAGCUUCAGUCAGUCAGGAAACCUAAAAACACACCAGCGAAUUCAUACUGGGGAGAAGCCGUACCACUGUAGUGAAUGUGGGGAGAGUUUUAAUCAGUCAGGAAGCCUAAAAACACACCAGCGAAUUCACACUGGAGAGAAGCCAUAUCACUGUUCUGAAUGUGGGAAAAGCUUCACUGACAAAGGAAAACUAAAAAAACACCAGCGAAUUCACACUGGAGAGAAGCCGUACCACUGUAGUGAAUGUGGGGAGAGCUUCAAUGAGUCAGGAAACCUAAAUAGACACCAACGGAUUCAUACUGGAGAGAAGCCGUAUCACUGUUCUGAUUGUGGGGAGAGUUUUAGUCAGUUAGGAAGCCUAAAAAGACACCAGCAAAUUCACGUUGGAGCCAGCCUCCCUCCCUCUCAGUCCCUCACCUCUCCACCCUGCCUGUUUGUGUGUGUGGAGAGCUGUCUGAUUCCUUGUCUCUCUCUCACCCUGCAGUAAAUGAGGGGGGUCCCCAGGAGUGAGAGCCAGCCUGAAUCCAGAGACACUGAGAAGGGGAGAGUGUCAAACUGAAGGAGACAGCCCUGUUUUUUCACAAUGAACUGCACUGGAAAUGAAUCUCACUCCUCAUGUUGUGAGGAUUUAUGCCAAGCUUGUUUGUGAACACAUUAUACAAAGCUGCCAAUAACACAUCAUAUUUUUAAAUACCAUUACUGUACCAGUGUGGGUGAGAACAGAAGUGAACUGUUAAAAGAAACUAAAACUAAGAAUAUCUUCCUGGGUGCGGCAGCAAUGUGUGCUUCAUCGCACUAGAAUGGCCUCUAAGCUAUUGUACCAGUGCAGGCAACUUUUUAUUUUUAAUUUCAGUAGU